GACAAUUGUGUCAAGAACAAAUCAUUAUGAACACAGAAACUGGUAGAAUGUGUACUAUCAUCUUGAUACUGGUGACUGGUUUAUGGUCCCAAGUUGACGGAUCUGCAAUUCCCAUGUGGGAAUUUUUAUCUAAAAAUGAAAAAGUGAGUCAUCUCUACCGACUGUUUAGCAAAGAGGUUGCAAGUUAUUGCCUUGAUUCAUCAAUGCCGGACUGUAAUAAAAAUCUCCUCGUUUCUGGUCUUCGACAUCUUUCUAAUAUGGAUGAGAAUAAACUGGAUGAACUUGAUCCUUAUCAACGAAAUGCCAAUUUCAAAAUUUGGCGAACACUCGUUGGAAACUACCAGCAAAACUCAAGAACUGAUCAUGAAUCUACGGGAAAUAAUGCUGGAGACGAUCCUCUAGUAUCAGGUGAAAGUGACCAAAAUAGUCUUGCGGAGGAAUCAUCACUAACAAAAGACUAUGUAAAACCUAUAGAUCACGAAUCAUAUGUAGUUGGACCAUUGGUAGUACGAGUAUUCCCGGAUGGACGUCCUGUUCCUGGUGAUGAUCAACGACCGUUACCAAGAGAUGAAGAUCUGGAUGAUUUAAAAUACUCUCGAGUCCCCUCAGUAUCGGAACUUCAAGCGAGUUAUGAUAGGUUUCCAUUAAAAAAAUAUAAUUCACCCCAAGCUAAUUUAUUAGGAUAUCCAUUUCGAGUUCUUAGAUUUGUAAGACCUGUUCAAAAUUAUUAUGGCACUUCAAUUUUUCCUGAUCGUCACAAACCAGAGAUGAAAUACUUGCGGUUUUAUUGAAAAUUCAAAAAUAAUGUUUAAAAAAACUUUUAUUCAAAAUUAGUAAUUGGAUAAAGUCGUAAAAUAUUAUUUAAUACUGAUAAAGUGCCAGACAACUUACGACAAAAUAAGAUUAUUAUCCAUUUCAGAGAUAAGUUCAGUCACCUUCUCAAAAUAAUUCAUUUCAACAAUUCUUAUUAUUUAUUUAUUUCUACUUUUUUUAGACUAUCAUCAUCUGUACUGUAUUUAGUAGACUUUAAAUAGUAAAACUAUCAUAAAUAAUUAUCAUCAUCAUCAUUAUUAUAUAAUAUUUUCAUUGUAAAUAGACAUUUCAUCAUUCGGCAUAUUUUGUCAUAAUAAUUAUAAUUAAUGCUACUGAUUUUUAUAGUUAUAACUAUAGAUGUACUGAAUUUAAGUAAUGUGUGAUAUUGCGUUGAGGCUCGUUACAAAAUUAACUCUCGUAAUUUUUAACAAUAAUACUGAAAACAAUAACAAUUUAUUAGUAAAAAGCAUUUUCGACGUAUUUGCACCAUUUGCAUUUUUUUAAUAAAUAUUUUAUAUAUUUUGUGAUAAUUUAAUUAAAAUACUGAAAACAAC